GCACAGGCUUGGUUUGCCCGCCCACUUUUUUUUUUUACUCUCUCUUUUUCUCCCGCAGCGUGGCGGCUUUGGGAGGGGCCGUGUUCAGAGACAAGCUGCAGUGGCAGCACCAGACAGUGAAGCUGACACACAUGAGACUUCCCUGGUGUGUGUGGGUUUGAGUGAGACAGAUAGAAAGGCAUUAGAGAAGACUACCUGUCCUGCUGAAUGUCUAGGCUGGAGAAAUCCAACAGUUCCCACCUUCUGGUCUUGGUCCGAGUCAAAAGGACAAGAGGCUGUUCUCUCUAGCCACAAUGAGUGAUGUUGUCAUUGUGAAGGAGGGAUGGCUACAUAAGAGAGGAGAAUACAUAAAAACAUGGAGACCAAGAUAUUUCUUACUCAAGAGUGAUGGAACAUUUAUUGGGUACAAAGAGCGGCCACAAGAUGUUGACCAGCUGGAAACUCCACUCAAUAACUUCUCAGUGGCCCAAUGUCAGCUGAUGAAGACAGAGCGACCGAAGGCAAAUACUUUUGUUAUUCGGUGCCUGCAGUGGACUACUGUUAUUGAACGCACUUUUCAUGUUGAGACCCCAGAGGAAAGGGAGGAGUGGACAAAGGCCAUCCAGGCUGUGGCAGAUAGUUUACAGAAGCAGGAGGAAGAGAGAAUGGACUCUUCACCUGACCCUAUGGACUUGGAGAUGUACUUGUACAAACCUCGACUCAAAGUGACAAUGCAUGACUUUGAAUACAUAAAACUCUUGGGGAAAGGCACUUUUGGAAAGGUCAUAUUGGUGAAGGAGAAAGCCACGGGAAAAUACUAUGCCAUGAAAAUUCAAAAGGAGGUGAUAGUAGCAAAAGAUGAGGUAGCACACACACUUACUGAAAACCGGGUCCUCCAGAACUCCAAACACCCUUUCUUAACAGCUUUGAAGUAUUCUUUCCAGACUCAUGACCGCUUAUGUUUUGUUAUGGAGUAUGCAAAUGGUGGAGAGCUUUUCUUUCAUUUAUCGCGAGAUCGUGUUUUCUCGGAAGAGAGAGCACAGUUUUAUGGAGCAGAGAUCGUCUCAGCCCUGCAUUACCUUCACUCUGAGAAAAAUGUUGUUUAUAGAGAUUUAAAGUUGGAGAACUUGAUGCUGGAUAAAGAUGGCCACAUAAAGAUCACUGAUUUUGGCCUGUGCAAGGAGGGAAUUACGGAGGGAACAACAAUGAAGACGUUCUGUGGUACACCAGAGUAUCUGGCUCCAGAGGUUCUUGAAGACAAUGAUUAUGGCCGGGCAGUGGACUGGUGGGGGUUGGGUGUAGUCAUGUAUGAGAUGAUGUGUGGCCGGCUGCCCUUCUAUAACCAGGACCAUGAGAAACUCUUUGAAUUGAUCCUCAUGGAUGAAAUCCGAUUUCCUCGUACACUCGGCCCUGAGGCAAAAUCUUUGCUGUCAGGACUCCUUCAGAAAGACCCAAAGCAACGGUUAGGUGGAGGUCCAGAUGAUGCAAAAGAAAUUAUGCAGCAUAAGUUUUUUGCAGGCAUUGAGUGGCAAGAUGUUUAUGAGAAGAAGCUUGUACCACCCUUUAAACCCCAGGUAACCUCAGAAACAGACACUCGCUAUUUUGAUGUGGAGUUUACAGGGCAGACCAUCACCAUCACACCCCCAGGCCAAGAUGAAAACAUGGAGUCCUUUGACAGUGAUAGAAGACCCCACUUUCCUCAGUUCUCAUAUUCUGCAAGUGGCACAGCAUAAAAACUCUUUAAAAGAAUACUCAACAAAGAAAUACUUACCCCAUGUCAUUCCAAAACUUCGACUUUGUUUCCUUUUAUUUA